ACCUCCGAGGGUUUUUCUCUGCCAUUAGUCUCUCUCUCUCUCUCUCUCUCUCUCUCUCUCUCGAUUGCAUUCGAUUUUCCGCGGAGGAGAUGAAGGUUAAGGUGAUUUCUCGUUCGGUUGAUGAAUUCACUCGAGAACGAAGUCAGGAUCUUCAGAGAGUUUUUCGCAACUUCGAUCCCAGUCUUCGACCAAUGGAGAAGGCAGUGGAAUAUCAGAGAGCUCUUACCGCUGCCAAAUUGGACAAGAUAUUUGCAAGGCCGUUCAUCGGGGCCAUGGAUGGGCAUCGUGAUGGAGUCUCCUGUAUGGCGAAGAACCCGAAUCAUCUAAAGGGAAUUUUCUCUGGUUCUAUGGAUGGAGAUAUUCGCCUUUGGGAUAUUGCUUCAAGGCGCACGGUUUGUCAGUUUCCUGGUCACCAAGGGGCUGUGCGUGGGCUUACAGCAUCAACAGAUGGUCGUGUCUUGGUAUCAUGUGGAACCGAUAGCAUUGUUCGUUUAUGGAAUGUUCCGCUUCCUACCCUGGCGGAUUCUUACGAUUCAUCUGAGAAUUAUGUUGAGCCAUCUGCUGUUUACGUCUGGAAGAAUGCCUUCUGUGCCGUCGAUCAUCAAUGGGAAGGUGAGCUUUUUGCUACUGCUGGAGCUCAAGUAGACAUAUGGAACCAUAAUAGGUCCCAGCCAGUUCACAGCUUCCAGUGGGGAACAGACUCUGUAAUCUCUGUACGAUUUAAUCCCGGAGAGUCUGAUAUUUUAGCAGCAUCUGCUAGUGACCGUAGUAUAACGAUUUAUGAUCUCCGUAUGUCUUCCCCAGCAAGGAAAGUUAUCAUGAUGACAAAAACCAAUUCAAUCGCUUGGAACCCAAUGGAGCCAAUGAACUUCACUGCUGCUAAUGAAGAUGGCAAUUGCUAUAGCUUUGAUGGUAGAAAGUUGGAUGAAUCCAAGUGUGUGCACAGAGAUCAUGUUUCUGCCGUAAUGGAUAUUGAUUUUUCGCCAACUGGCCGGGAAUUUGUGACGGGUUCUUAUGAUCGGUCCGUGAGAAUCUUCCCAUACAAUGGGGGACACAGUCGAGAAAUCUACCAUACAAAGAGGAUGCAAAGGGUAUUCUGUGUCAAGUUCAGCUAUGAUGCUACGUAUGUAAUAUCAGGCAGCGAUGACACAAACCUGAGGCUUUGGAAGGCCAAAGCCUCCGAGCAACUCGGUGUUAUUCUUCCAAGAGAACAGAAGAAGCACGAGUAUCAUGAGGCUCUCAAGAAUCGCUACAGGCACCUCUCUGAGGUCAAGCGAAUUGUGAGGCACAGGCAUUUGCCGAAACCAAUAUACAAAGCGAUAGGGCUGAUAAGGACAAUGAACGAAGCGAAGAAGAGGAAAGAGGCGAGAAGGAAGGCACACAGCGCCCCUGGAAGCGUCGUAACCCGACCACUGCGCAAAAGAAGGAUCAUCAAAGAAGUCGACUGACCUUUCUCUGUCUUCUUGGCGUUUCUUGAUCUCUCGUGUUGUAGUCCUCUCUCGCGGUGGUGGUGUAUUACGCGAUAUUUUAUCCUGUCUUGUACGAGGGUUCUCGCUUCUACUAUGGACAUUCUUUUUUCCAAGAGAUUCUGUAUACAGCGGAUCAAAUCAAUGAGCAUUGCAUCCCGGCUCGGCUUGGAAUUUUGUAAAUUA